AUCUUCACACAUUAAUGGCCUAGGAAAAGAUUCCCUUCGCUGAUUCCGCGCGGACGAAUUAUUCCCUUUCAUUCCGCAUCAUCACGCCAAAUACCAGCGAACAACUCGAUGAACAUUUCUAGGAGUGCCGUCUGGUUACAUCUGGACCAGAGAUUGGAUCUCACGUCCACACCCAAAGCUUGUGAAGUAGCAAUCAGUCAGUCAGACUCUACUUUUAUUGAACCAAAGACUGAGAGAGAGAGCUGGUACAUGGUCCAUCACUGAACCAGAAUUACAGUUGACAGUUGCCAUGGUGAUAGGACUUUGAGCAGAGAAUUCUUGGCACACACACACACCUACACACCGACCGACCGCUCUACUCUUUCCCAUUCGUCAUUGCCCUCAUGUUGCGCCGACAGCUCCUAUCCUGUAGGUCUCUAAAGCAGCCGUAAGGUGCAGCACCAUUGUCACAGAUCGUAGAGAGAAAAAGACCUGAUAAAUCAGUGUCUUCUUUGGACAUAUAUCACAAAUCUCUGCUCGCUCCUCGUUCAAGCGAUCGGCAUCCAACGGCAAAUUGCCUGGAGUAAAGCUGCAAUUUGGUCGGUCAUUUAGAAAUAGUUUAUGGCACCAUCCUCUUCUCUUUGUAUAUGUUGUCAAGGGUUGUGCCAGCAGGCACUGACCGUAGGGUCCCAGCGGUUACCGCCAUGCAGAAGAUACUGCGCUCUCCGGCCAGCAUACGUCGUAAGGUCGUUAAUAAGAUGUUUGGUGUCCCGUUGAAAGAACUCUGCCGCUAUGGACCUAAUGGAAUUCGAAUACCAGAACUCUUGCAGAAAAUCAUUGAAUUUAUUAAGAUGCAUGGUAUCGGACACGAGGGAAUCUUCCGCAUCAACGGUAGCUCCAAAAUAGUGGAAAAACUGAGGAUGCAGUAUGAUCGCCAUGGCAACGCCAAUCUGGAGGAGGCUGGCGAUGUGAUGGCUGUAGCUAGUCUUCUCAAACUCUUUUUCAGAGAACUUCCAGAUCCCGUCGUCAUCGGCCAGCUUCAUCCUCAGUUUCUUACAGUACAAGAAGAAUUUCAGUACAACAAGGAGGAGAGUCUGAAACAGCUCAAGAACCUUCUACAGCAGUUACCAGAAGAGAACUUCCUCGUUCUGCGGUAUCUCUGCAGCUUCCUGAUCAAGGUCAUUCACCAUGAGGACACCAAUAAGAUGAACUCCAUGGCUCUAGCCAUCGUGUUUGGGCCAAACUUAUUCAGGUGUGCUGAUGGCAUACAGGGGCUCAGAGAACAAGGGCAAACCAAUCAUCUUGUCCGGCUCUUCAUCGACAAGUUUGACUUUCUCUUCGGUCAUGAUGGAGGUAGCUAUAGCCCGCCCUCGCCUGUCAACGCUAUCAACGGGUCAGGUCGGGUCUGGAACUCAAAGCGUAUUGAAGUGCAAGCAGCCAAGGAGAAGAAAUCCCCACCCUUCACUCCACUACCACAUGCCCAGUACAUGAAACAGAGAAGAACAAAACUGGCAUUGCAGGAAGAAGUGGACCUGAACUCCAACUAUUCUGAAGUCUCCAAAGAGGACUCAUCAUCUGGAAGCCCUCAGAAUCAUGGAUAUCUUAGUAUCCCUGAUGGUGAAUACGAGGAGAGGGCCUUUUCACCAUUCACUCUGGACAGUGACCAAGGCACCAGUGCUGCUCCUUCACCUGUAACAUCCUCUAUUACAUCAGAAUUGGUAGAGAGGACGAUACAGGAGAGUAUAUCUCAGCACUUAUUUGGCGCUCGUGGCAGUCCCCGUCUUGACCUUAGCCCGAGACAAGAAACUCCAGUAGCUAUGCCAAGGAAGAAACAUCAGAAAAAGAACCAAGAUAGUUCUUCAUUUAAUAGGAGAAGUAACUCAGAGUCUUCCUUAGAGCACCUAGUCAACUCAUUCGCCGAGAGGGAAGGUAUAUCGGUCAAAAAUAGGGCACAGCAGUUCUCCGACGACACCCUGGUAUCAAGCAAGUCACAUGAUCAGAGUCAUCCAGUCAGAAGGAAAGGCAGGCCAGCGUCUAAAGCCUUUGAUAUAUUUGAAUCUCAGGGCAUCAUCAUUGGACAGAGAUUAGUGGAUUCUUCUUCUGUGAGCGAAGGACUUUCCCGAGAGGGGACUUUGACCGACGUAACGCAUGAUGGAGAGUCAGAACUGGACAGUGUCAAACGCAACUCAGGCACAUUAAACUCAUUAACAGCAGGUAGAGUGGCACCUCCCAAGAGAAGAUCUCCUACAAAGAAACAUAGGAGUGCAAAGGGAGAGCAUAGCCUUGAUUCUCCGAACGGGAAAGAGAAGGCAGCCAAACGAUCCAACAAUUCUGAUUUCAGGACACAGAAUCACGAUGUUUGGCUUAGACAAAAUGGAGAUGGACAGAGAAGUCCUUCUAAUGGGGGGAGCAGGAAUCCCAGAGAAGGGGGGCUAUGGGGGGUACAUAAUAACAUUGAUACACCUCAGCAUAGGGAACAACCGGUACCUCAACCAAGAACUAGAAGGGGCAAAGCGAAAGAUGAUGAGAUGGAUGAAGCAAGCAGGAGGAGAACGGAAGGUGUCUCCGAGGGUCAUGGAGACAGGAGGAGAACAGAAGGAGAUGAGAGACGGCAUGAUGGAGGAGAGGCGAGGAGAAUGAACGAAAGAGGAGGAGACGGGAGGAGGAGAGAUGAAGAGAUGAGGGAUGGUAGGAUGGAGGAUGAACUCAGAAGAUUGAAAGGAGAGGAUCGAAAGAAUCCAUCACCUAAUUCUCUCAGAGGACAAGUGGUACCCCCUCUGGAUUUGGCCGGUCUGCAUGUUGAUACUGAUGGUCAUGAAGCUGUAUUAGCAUGGCAAAGUCAGCAAGCAGCCCCAAAGAGUGGAGGAGGAGGAGGAGGAGAAGGAGAAGGACAGAGUGGAAUGGAAGGAGGUCCCCAGACAUUAUCUAGGCUUGAGAAGCUUCAAACCAUAACCAGUCUUCUUCAACAUGAACCUUACGAUGCCCCACUCUCCCCCAGGGCUAAAGAUGCCCCGCCCACCUUUGGCAGUGGCUCAUGGGAUACGCUGGAGGGGCCACCCUCACCUGUUUCCAAGCACGAUAUGUUUCCUCGGUUUGUACCUUCCAGCAAGCGGUCAGAGAGCUCUCUGGACGAAGAAGAUCAGGUGUCCAUCAUCAGGAGAUUGACAAGACAAGUAAGAUCCCUCAAGCAGAAGAUCAAGCAGUAUGAAGAAGAGUUUGAAAGUCAAUACCAUGCCAAGCCUAGUCACACAGAGAAGCUUAGUCAACCAGAGAUCAGAAAGAUGAUUGGAGAACUGAAGAGAGCAACCAAACAACUCAAAGCCUUAAAGACUGAAGCCAAAGAGAGUAAGAACCCUCUUCACAGCACCUUGCCUGCUCGUCUCUCUCCUAACGGUGUGGAGGAAGGCUCCCAUCUAUCUGGUCUCAAAGAAGCCCUCAACCUUGCCCAGAAACGACUCCAAGAGAAGCGAGAUGAUGCGAAGAGAGGCUUUGAUGUCCUGGAAAUGAACCAGGAUGAAGUGAGAGAGGAGAAGGUUGCCAUUCAGAAAGCUUUGCUUCAACUAGAGAGUAAAUAUGGCAGGCCGACAUCAAGAGCUUCCAAAGAGGUGAUGAAACCGUUGUACGACCGCUACCGCACCUUGAAGAAACUCAUGAAAAACAAGGAGUUAAGAAGAAGCAUUAGUGAAGAGGCGAGCCCAUCUGAUUUGAAUACCAUAGAGGAGCAUGUAGAGACAAGAGAUUUCAUUCCUAAACAUAUGGGAUUCGUUCACAGUAAGUAUGAUAUGGAGGGUGAAGAAGAGAAUGAAGAAGACGACAUGUUUUGCACAACAGACUUCCGUGUGACCCAGAUGGUGUCACCAAGUCAGAGGUCAUCUGGGAGGUCACCGUCGGACCAUGAUGAUGUUUGUGUGAGUCCUAACGAUAGUUACAGGAACGAUUCUCCGUUCAGCCCGGCUAGCGCUUCCUUCCAUGAGGCAUCAUUGGAAGAACUUCAGACAAGAAGAGACCAAUCUUUGGAUGAGAAAAGACGUCUGCGUAGAGUUCUGAAAGACUUUGAAGAGAAUUUUCUCCACGAGACUGGUCAGAGAGUUCAGAAGGAAGACCGAAGUCCUAUGGAGAUGGAAUAUGUACAGUACAAGCAUGUCAAGAAACAGUUGAAGCUUCUGAAUGCCCUAAUUGCCAAACACCAAUCACAGACCUUAGCAGCGGUCACAUGACGGUCUUCAACCAAUCAUGCCUCUGAUGUCACAUGAUCAAAAUGAGUCACAUGAUCAAAAUGAAAUGUCUCGUGAUCAAAACAAGAUGCAAGAUACAUUAUUGCAUCGUGGAAUAAAACCCUGGGCAUGUAAACCAUGUUCUUCAUAUCUCUUAAAAAAAAUGUUUGAUAGGUUAGAUUUUGUCAUCAUAAAUGUUUAAUCCGUCCAGCUAAGUUUCAUGAUGAUAUGGGAUAUAAGCUGAUUUCCUUUGCUGAGAAAGGGGAAUGUGGCUUCAAGUGUGUACAGAUAAGCUGUGAUCCCAGUGCGUAAAGCAUUGUUUGAAAGUAGGGCACAGAGAUGCAUCAAAUAGCCCUAAAGACGGGAGGGAGGCAGGCUCAGAUAUUUGGAUAGUCUGGCAGCAAGGGAAGGAUACUCAUAUCUUAACGUAUUGAUAAUGGAGAAAGUUUUGUGAUUGCUUCACAUAGAAGUGGGAUACCAAAUGAUGUGGAUAUUAUAAAUGAGAGAUCGAACGAAGCUUGAGACUCCAGGCUAUUAUAUCAAGAUAGCUUAUGACAUAUUUAGAAGUCUCGGUGAAAGCAUGAGGGGCUGAUUCUGCUUCUCUACUCACCUAGCCCUUUAGGGGACCUAUGAAAACUGCCCUGCGUUUCACAUGAAUAGCAAAUAUUUUUGAGUAUAUUUUCAAUUCCACGCUAAGCCUUCCAGUUCAUCAAUGAACAGAGACUUAAUCUGAUUGUGCAUAUGAAGAUUGGAGUGAUGCUUUUAAGGUUGAUAGUUUUAGGCCUUCAGUUGUGUGCCUCAAAAAAAGUUGAAUCCAAAGGAUAUUCCCAAGAGACUUUGUUUGAUUAUGAUUACCGGAAUGCUCUUUAUUUGAUAGUGGACAUGCAUUUAAAACCUUGAUCAUUUUGUAAUCUCAUGCCAUUGCUUCUACCUUUUAUGAACCUCCUUCUUUGAUUUAAGCUUUGAAUUUAAUAGUUUGGAGAUAUUGUAUGUUUUAUGACAUGUUGGUAGUUCUUUGCAUGGAGGGUGGAAACGUUCUUGCUUUCUCUUUUAUUUAGUCAUAUCUGUUUGAUUCCCAAAACAUAAAGAUUUUGAAGGAAAUCAAAAGGUGUGGAUAAGUUUUUGAUCUACUUGGUCUUGGUGAUGUUUGCCUUUGAAUUUGUUUUUGGUAUUUAAAGGACCUCGGUCAAUGAAAUGAUUAUUCUUGCCUACAAAUGAGAUUUGAAGUUUUGAAAUAUUUGUUUUCCGCCUUUAUUCUACCACCACUUUGAAAUGAUUUCAUGAUUAAUUUAUUCACACAAUUUAUUCAAACCAGUUUUAUGUUUUCCCCAUAAGUGAUUUAACAUGUAUAUGAAUAUGAAGCAUGUCAACCAAAGCUAAGAAAAUUCAGGAUUAUUAUUAAGUUUGUGUUUUUUUUUAAAGUGAUGCCAUCAUGAUUUUGUCCUUUUGUGCAAUAUUUGUUUGUCAAGUCACCAUGCUACAUCAGUUUUAGACCCUGAUUAGUAAUUAUAAGUGUAUUAUUCAUUGGACUUUUCUUUCCGUUAUACACCCUGUUUAGUGAUUACGAGUGUAUUAUUCAUUGGACUUUUCUUUCUUUCUCCUUUUUUCAAACAUUUAUCAUGAUAUACCUUGAUUAUUGAUUUGAGAAGGAAAAGGAGCUGUACGUUUAAAAAUUGAACAAAAGUUUCAAAUUAAAGUGCUUGUUUUGACCGUCCCCAUGUCAGUGCCAUGGUAUAAAAAGAGCAGUAACAAAAGAGUUAGGCAUAGAAAUGAAAAUUGUUGGGUAGAUGAAUGUAAUCUAUGUUACUAUGCCUGCAUCCCUUUA